CAAGGGCGUCCUUAUUUGAAGUAAUACUUCCUCUCUUUAAAAGACAGUUGCACACAUCAUGCACAGAGUUUCAGCCACUGAUCUGAGACGGAGGAUGUGAGCCAGGCGGACGGGGAAAAAAAACACGAUGCAGAAAACGAAAUCUGCAGUAGCUGCAGCUGCCCUGCUGCUCUGUGCUGUGAAAGCUCUUUGCCCGGACGGUGUGGAGAAGACGGCCAGCGCAUCCAGUCCCGAGGUGGAAUGCCUCCUGGUGGCUAAUUAUCUGAAUAUGUCCAAUCCUGUCAUCUUGAGACUGGAUGAUGGAAAGAAACUCGUCGUCUCCCUGAAAGGCCUCGCUGUUAAUCCUGUCUGCCACUGGAAGAAAGAAAACAACCCAGAAGUGAAAAUAAAUGGGAAUGCCUCCACCGUCAUACCCCAGCUUUCUGGGACUGAUUCUGGGGAAUACAAUCUGACCUGUGAAAGUGAAAGUGGACCCUCUUUUUCAAAACUGUUUGUUCUUCUUGUGAGGAUGGGACGCCCCAGUAAACCAAAGCUGUCGCUCAAGUUGAAAGGGCCAGGCAGGUCUCCUGAGCUGAGGUGCGUCUCUGAGGGCAUGCCAGAGCCUAAAAUUGAAUGGUUUCGUGUCAAAGAAUCAGCAUCAGCUUUAUUGGCCAAGAAUGCUGACACACACAAGGAAGUAAAGAAGAUAAAUGUGCGUUAUGCGACUGGUUCAUUAUCAAUUAAUGAGUAUUAUAACAUAAUGCCAAUGUGUUGUGCCACCAACGCUGCAGGACAGGAAUGCACCUUGCUGAAUGAUUAUGUAAUGCAGAGUUCAUCAACAGAAAAUAAGGUUUUUAAUGUGACCACGAGCCCCGGUGACUCUUUACUGCUUCGCUGCAGAGCAGAAAAACGUUCAUUAAGUUGGGAAAAGAAUGACACAAAACAAAGAAUACCAGAAUGUGAAAAGUCACAGGAGGUGAUAUGCAUUAAAAAAGAUAAUCAUUACUGGACCCAGAUGUCGUACGUUUUCAUUAAAUCGGUCUCUGUGGAACACGCUGGCACGUACAUCUGCAGGAUCUCACCACACCAAACUACAACUGUUCAUGUUCAGGUCACAGAUGAAAGCUUCGUCUCUGCAACACUGCACGAACAGAUUGUGACGACCCAGAACAAAUGUUUGAAAGCAGAGGUGCUCUUCUACCCUGUUCUCAGCAUCUGCUACUGGGAAACUCCUGAUAGGCAAAUAAUCCCAUGCACCAGGGAACUACAUGUCUCAAAGCAAAGGUUUGUGAGUUUGUGUAAUUCACUCAUAUCAGGUCCUUAUAAGUUACACCUGGAAGCCGGAAAAAGUCAUGAAAUAAAAACCAUAAACGUUUGUGUUGUCGAGACACCUACUUUCAAGUUUGGAAAAGAAGAUGAUUUCAUUUAUUCUGAGACUGUAAUUCCUCUGCCAGCGAAUUUUACAUGGAGCAUCUUUGAAAACAACUCCACGUCAGAACUGAUGCAGGUGAAAGAGGAAACAGACUCUGAAGACGUCUGCAACAAGAAAAUCACAAAGUAUGUGGAAAUGGACAAAGUGUUUGGAAACCGCUUAAAGUUUUGUGUGACACUCACAGGAGAAAACGUUGCACAAGAAUUAAGAGUGUUCUGCAGCACUCCGCAACUUAUUUAUGAGCCACACACGGGCCAAUUCGCCUCAGUUGAUCCAGCAUCAAAUGACAAGUUGAUGAUGCUGUGGAAAGUUGGCAGUUUUGUUCUGCUUCUGGCUCUUGCAGUACUCCUUGUCGUGUUGAUGUACUAUGUCAAAAAGAAGAAACCACAGUAUCAGCCUCAGCUUCAGAUGAUCCAGAUGGUUGGACCAAAUGACAACGACUACAUCUAUAUCAACUUCAAAGACUUUGAGUACGACAUGAGAUGGGAGUUUCCCAGGGAGAACCUGGAACUGGGAAAUGAGCUGGGGUCUGGAGCUUUCGGCAUGGUGGUCUAUGCCACAGCUUAUGGUAUCAGCAAACCCGGAGUCUCGCAUCAGGUGGCCGUCAAGAUGCUGAAAGAGAAACACCAGUCCGUGGAGAAGGAGGCACUGAUGUCUGAACUGAAGAUGCUGACUCACAUUGGUCACCACAUCAACAUUGUGAACCUCCUCGGCGCAUGUACCGAAACAGGUCCCAUAUACCUGAUCUUCCAGUACUGCUGUCACGGAGACCUGCUGAACUACCUGAAGAAGAACGGUGACCGCUACCACAAGUGUGUGACGGACGCUUUCAACACAGACCGAUUCAGAAGUCUGUACCACAACCUGCAGCUCAAGAAAAACUCUAGUGAUCAGUUCCCAGUGGACAACUACGUUCCCAUGCACAGCUCCACCACGAGAGGUGAGGAGGACAGCGCCCUCCUCACCUUCACCAACGGAUCUGAAGACCCAGAAAUGGAUGAGACUGAAGAUGAGACUGAAGACCUGCAGGCGCUCACCUUUGAAGACCUCCUCUGUUUUGCUCUCCAAGUGGCCAAAGGCAUGGAGUUCCUUUCCUCCAGGAAUUGUAUCCACCGGGACCUGGCAGCUCGAAACGUGUUGGUGACGAAAGGCAGGCUGGUGAAAAUCGGAGACUUCGGUUUGGCCCGGGACAUCGACAACGACUCCAACUAUGUCGUGAGAGGAAAUGUGCAUCUGCCAGUCAAGUGGAUGGCACCAGAGAGUAUCUUUCAGGGGAUAUACACCAUGAAGAGCGACGUCUGGGCCUAUGGUAUUCUACUCUGGGAGAUCUUCUCACUGGGUGUCACUCCGUACCCUGGGGUGAAGGUAGAUCCCACUUUCUAUGCAAUGAUUGAGAGAGGAUUUAAGAUGGAGUGUCCAUACUACGCCAACGACUCUGUGUACAAUAUAAUGCGCAAGUGUUGGGCUCUGAAUCCCUCCGACCGCCCGUCUUUCUCCAAGUUGGUGUCCUUCAUGUGCGAUCAGCUGACAGACAGAGAGGAGAAGCUCUACCAUAACAUGACGGAUCAGGUUUUUGAUGACUACCAGAACGCAUCAACCAUUCUGGACAUUUCUGCCCUGACAAAACAAAGUGAAAACAAGACGCCAACAAAAACCAACGAUUACUGCAAAGCCGUGCUGCCCGAGGAUCCCAAAGUUUCAAAGUCAGAGGAGAAGGAGCUGCUGAAGCCAUCUGAUUAAGAGUAUUCUGCCUGUAUUUACAAAAUGAGUUAAAAAUUUACAUCAGGCAGUUUUUAAGAUCUUCUCAGUUGGAGUUUUGUGGAAAAGUUAUGAAAACUCAUUAACUUACCUGACAGCAUUUAAAACAAACUCAGUUUGGAAAACAUGCUCAUUAAUUAGCAUGACAUGGAUAUUAAAAUAGAUAUCUGUCACUAUUUGCACCAAAAUUAUUUAUUUUAAGACAGCACUUGAGUCUGUCUGCUCAGACCAGCUGUUAGCUCAUCUGGUCAAAUUUAAACUAUUUUUUCUAAACUGAAGUAAUUUAAAUUGAAUUUUUUUUAUUUUAUAUCAACCUUUCCACAGACUAUCUCUUUAAUAAUUUUCUCAAUAUAUUUAUCAAAAGGAUGUGCUUGCCCUAUAUUAUUUUACAAAAAUGACCUGUUUUAUAUUUGCAUUUUGGGUUGAAUACAAGAUGUAGCAUUUAUUUAGCAUCAUUUAGCAUUUAUAUAACCUAAGUUGAAGUUGUGAUAAUCUUUUUUUAUAUGUGUUUAUAUGAAUAUGUGUGACUAAAAUGGGAAAAACUAUUAUUUCAUAGAGGAAUCCUGUAUUCCUGAUAUUCUGCUGCAAGUUAUAGAAAGGUACAAGUUUUUAUAUGGUUAAAGUUUUGUAGAAAAUGAUCAAAUUGUAAAUAUAAACAUUUCAAACAUUACAGGAAGCAUUUAAAACUUUUAUGUAUUUAUAUAUUUUAUAUUACUUUAUAUGUUGAUGGAUUUAUUUUGUCUGUAUUUUAUUUUAUCUUAACACAAAUAAAAAAAGUAUGCAUUAGUAGCUAACAAUAUAUUCACUGUAAAUUGGUGACAAAACUGAGCUGUUUGUUUUGUCAGAUUUUAUUUUAUUUGUUCCUACUGAUGAGAGAAAAACUUUACUGUAAAAAGUUUUAAACAACCAUUUAUUUAUGAUUUCCUGUUGCAGCAAUUCUCCAGGAUUUCAGUUUUUAUUUAAAAAAAUUGCAGCCUUUUACUCAUUUUUUCAUCUCAACUGUUUGUAUUUUGCAGUAUUUUCUUUUAAAGCCUGAGAAAACUUUUUGAGAAGAACAAAGAAAAUUACAAAAUGCAAAUUAUCUACAGCAGAUGGACUGUAGUCAUCAUGUUUUGGGGGUGUUUUUUAGAAAUGAGGGUAAAAAAAGAAGCAGCAAAGGUCACUAAAGUAUUUCAGUCAACCUGUUCUUUUAGGUCCAUUUUUAAUUUUUAUUUUAUUUUAUUUUAUUUUAUUUUAUUGGUCCAUUUGGAAACUUUUUUACAUAUAAAGCCAAUGUUGAAACAUCAUUUAUACUCCAAUAAAUCUAUUUUAUUGUCA